UAAUUUUAACUAAUAUUAUAAAAGUUGUACUUCUUGAAUAAUUAUUUAAGAUCAAUAAAUACGAUGUAUGUCGACUUGUAUUAACCUGUCAAAUAAAUUUGUACUUAUGUAAUAAUUUUAUAAAUAUUUGUGAAUAGGUAAUUCUUCAUAAUGUUUCCAAGAAAUUCUUCUUUUCAACUGUCAUCUUUAACUAAAAAUAGUAUGAGAUGUUGUUAUCACUGUGCAAAGUUUAUAUCUUCUAAAGUUAAUGAACAACCUAAUGCAAAUCCUGGCCCAUGGAGUUUGUACUCAGAAAAAGUAAACAAUGGUGUCCUGAGUAAAGAUUCCCAUCAGGAAAUGGUAGUGCAACAUUUACAAGAAAUAUUCCAAGAAGUAUCAGUUUUUCACAGACCUGUUAUACAACCAAGAUUAGGAGAAUCCUUUUUUAGUAUAUUUCGAAAAAAAGAACCGCAAAAAAUAAUUGCACCAAAAGGGCUGUAUAUUUAUGGAAGUGUUGGUGGUGGAAAAACAAUGCUAAUGGAUCUGUUCUAUGAAACUGUUCCCAUAAAAGAAAAGUUGAGAGUCCAUUUUAAUUCUUUUAUGUUAAAUAUACAUGCAAGAAUACAUGAACUCAAAAUCAAAUCGGGUAAAGGAGCAAGUUCUUUUAGAGAUGAAGGAUCUAAACCAUUUGAUCCUAUUCCGCCCGUAGCUGCUGAUAUUACUCAAGAGUCUUGGCUGAUAUGUUUUGAUGAAUUUCAGGUUACAGACAUUGGAGAUGCUAUGAUUUUAAAAAGACUAUUUACACAACUGUUUGAUAAUGGAUGUGUUGUUAUAGCAACUAGUAAUAGGAAACCUGAUGAUUUGUAUAAAAAUGGACUGCAGAGAUCGAAUUUCUUGCCAUUUAUACCAAUUCUUAAAGCACAUUGUAAUGUAAUACAACUAGACUCUGGAAUUGAUUAUAGAAUAAGGGGAACUGGGAAUAAAUAUGGAAAGUAUUUUAUAAACAGUGAACUAACUGCACAUGAUAACAGUGUAGAUACUUUAUUUAAGUAUCUUGUAUCAAAAGAGACUGAUACUGUGCGGGUAAGAGUGAUUAAUAUACUGGGCAGAAAUGUAAAAUUUGCAAAAACAUGUGGACGAGUUCUGGAUUCAACCUUUGAAGAGUUAUGUGAUCGACCUCUUGGUGCUAGUGAUUACCUCAUUAUAUCGAAAACGUUCCAUACGGUGUUUAUAAGGGAAUUACCUCAAUUAUCAAUAGUAAAACAUAGAUCGCAAAUACGAAGAUUUAUAACACUUAUCGACACGUUAUAUGACAAUAGAGUUAGGGUUGUCAUUGCUGCUGACUGUGAUCCAAAGUCUCUUUUUAAUCUCGAUGAUGUUAAAGAUCAAUAUGGGGAUGCUGAUAGAGCACUAAUGGACGAUCUAAAAAUAACGAAAGACUCGGACGAUGCUAAGGCUGCAAUAUUUACUGGUGAAGAAGAAAUGUUUGCUUGUGAUCGAUGCCUCUCUAGGAUUAUGGAAAUGCAAACAGACGAAUAUUGGGAGAAGUGGGGGAAACACAUAAAUUAAAUUUGUUUGUGUAAAUUGAUAACUAAAUUUUUUAUCUAUUUUGAAUACUUGAAUAUAAAUUCUAAUUUUAAUUUAUUAGUCCUGACUGUUGUCAAUUAUUGUUUAUUAGUAUUACUGUUGUUUGAAUAGAUAAUUGAGAAAUUUACAAGCUUUUGAUGUACAUUUGAUGCUGCUUCAAUAUUAAUAUUUGAAAUUAUUUUGUUAUUUGGGAUUUCCACAAUAUAAAUUUAUAUAUCUGUAUUGUAUUCAUUGUUAUAUAUCUGUACUAUAAUAUAAAACCAAAAGUAACCUUAGUAGCUAUAGUUUGCGUUACUCGCAACGGGCAACUAAAUUUUAUCCAAAUAUAAUUGAAAGCAACAAUUACAAACUGCUGUAGUUACAAAUAUAUUAUGUUUUUUUUAAUAGGCAGUUUUCUCGGCCCCAUACUUUGUUUUUCCUCAUUAAUGUGGAAGUUUUUUUGUAUUACCUUUUGUACAAUAUUUACAUAGAUAAUAUUUAUUUUAAUACAAGUAACGAAACAAUUGAAUUUAAUAUGUAUUAUUCUUUGUAUCUGUAUACAUUAUUGCAACUAAUUUAGUGUCGUGUGAUAUAGAAUGAAGAAUAUGCUUAUUAAUUUAUUAAGUAUUCUAAUAAACCUAUAACAAUGUGGUAAUCCUUUUUUUAGUAUUUAUAAUAUUGUACAGUUAGACAAACAAUGAAAUACCCA